AUGCAGCCCACAGACACUUCCCCUGCCACCAACGGCGCCACUCAGCACAUGCACACGAACGGCGACCACGGCAACCACCACGAACCACCCCUCUCUGCACCAUCCCGACUGAUCCCUCCGGACCCCCUAACAAGCCGGUAUUCCCGCCAACUCCUCCUCCCCCCGCUCCACGGCCUCGCGGGCCAACGGCUCCUGUCCUCCUCCCGCGUCCUGCUCGUCGGUCUCGGCGGCCUCGGCUGCCCCGCGGCGUUGUACCUGGCGGCCGCGGGCGUCGGCACCUUGGGAUUCGUCGACGCCGACGUGGUGGAGGAGUCGAAUCUGCACCGCCAGAUCCUGCAUGCCGAGGACAGGGUGGGGAUGCUGAAGGUGGAGAGCGCGAGGGAGGGGGUGAGGGCUGUUAAUUCGGCGGUGGAGGUUAGGUGUUGGGGGGAGAGGGUUGGGGGGAGGAGGGUGGUGGAGAUUUUGGAGGGGGGCGGGGGUGGAGAUGGGCGACGGGACGGUGAGGCGGAGGGGAAGGGGAGGUGGGAUUUGGUGCUGGAUUGUAGUGAUAAUCCGGCGACGAGGUAUGCGGUUAGUGAUGCGGCGGUGUUGGUGGGCGUGCCGGUGGUGAGUGGGGCGGCGCAGAGGGGGGAGGGGCAACUGAUGGUGUUGAAUUGGAGGUGGGGAGAGGAGAAAGGAGGGCAAAAAAGGGGGCCGUGUUAUCGCUGUGUGUUCCCCCGGCCGCCGGAUCCGGAGAUGGUCAAGGGGUGUAGUGAGAUUGGGGUGUUGGGCACGGCGGUGGGGGUCGUGGGCGUCUUGAUGGCGCAGGAGGCGAUCAAGUUGCUGGUUAAUGGAGGGAGGGUCGUGGAUGGGGGAGGGAGGGAGGGGAAGGGGGAGAUGUUGCUGUUCAAUGCUUUUGGGGGUGGAUUGAAAGGGAUGUGGAGGGGGGUUGGGUUGAGGGGAAGGAGGGAAACGUGCGUGAGUUGUGGGGUGGAGGAAGUGGUGAGGAAGAGUGGCGGCAAGAAGAUCACAAGAGACGAAGUUUUAAGCGGGAUAUUGGACUAUGAGACCUUUUGUGGAAAGGUGGAGGAUGUGAGGGUCUUGAGGCCGGAUGAGAGGGUCACAGCGAAACAAUUUCUGGAGGUCAGUCACGGUCAAGAACGAGUCAUUGAUGUCAGGGAGGAUAUUGAGAUUGAGCUGGGAAGCCGGUUGCCGGGAACGGUGAACAUCCCAUUCUCAAAGAUAAUGAGGGAUGCUGAAGAGGCAUUCCAGGGCGUGGAGUGGCAGGAUGAGGCGGAAACGGGAAAGGGGGACGAGAAGGUGUAUUUUGUCUGCCAUAGAGGCAACGAUAGCCAGAUCGCCGCCAGGCGAUUGAAAGAACUUGAUGAGCAGCUGGGUAGAAAGCGAGGCUGGAUUGGCGAUGUGCAGGGCGGGUUUCUGGCCAUGGAGCGGCUACAGAGUGGUUCUCAUUGA